AUGUUUAUGGCACGUUCAGAAUACGACCGGGGCAUCUCUACCUUCAGCCCCGAGGGUCGUCUGUUCCAGGUGGAGUACUCCCUCGAGGCCAUCAAGCUCGGCAGCACGGCGAUCGGCGUCGCCACCAACGAGGGCGUCGUGCUGGGCGUCGAGAAGCGCGUCACCUCCACCCUGCUCGAGACCUCCUCCGUCGAGAAGAUCGUCGAGAUCGACCGCCACAUCGGCUGCGCCAUGUCCGGCCUACAGGCCGACGCCCGGUCCAUGGUCGAGCACGCCCGCGUCGAGUGCCAGAGCCACGCCUUCAACUACAACGAGAGCCUGCGCGUCGAGUCGUGCACGCAGGCCAUCUGCGACCUGGCGCUGCGCUUCGGCGAGAGCGCCGACGGCGAGGAGAGCAUCAUGAGCAGGCCGUUCGGCGUCGCCCUGCUCAUCGCCGGCUACGACGAGGACGGCCCAAGCCUGUACCACGCCGAGCCCAGCGGGACGUUCUACCGGUAUGAUGCGAAGGCCAUUGGCAGCGGGAGCGAGGGCGCCCAGGCGGAGCUGCAGAACGAGUACCACAAGUCUCUCACCCUGAUAGACGCAGAGACCCUGGUGCUCAAGACCCUUAAGCAGGUGAUGGAGGAGAAGCUGGAUUCCAAGAACGUGCAAUUGGCGAGCGUGACCAAGGAGAAGGGCUUCCGGAUAUACACCGACGAAGAGAUGGCCGCUGUCGUCGAGCGUCUUCCAGCAAAUUAG